UCGCAGUAAGCGACACAAUCAAAUCUGCCAGAUCAUGGAGCUGCGUUUCCGGGGCAAGAAGAGCGGCGAGGACGCGGAUACCGUCGGCUUCUGGUAGGCAUUGAAGGAAGCGGAGUGUAUGAGUUUUUAUCCAUGGCUUCUCACGGUUUGCUACCUGUUUGCAGGCUGUGCGAGGGCCGGAAGAAACGCCGCGUGGUGGGCAACAAGACGCAGUCGUUAAUAUCGGCUGCACCCGAGUGGGAGCUGAAGCAUGUACUGGAGAACACGGAACUGCAGUUUAUGAAUGAGUCCACGGGGCUCCUAGUGCCUCGUGAUGAGGAGAUGGGUAAGUUCAUCUCGGAGCGUGACGUGGUGCGACUCUGCUCAAUGGAGGAACUGGACGCGCUGUUGGAGAAGUUCGCUACACGCGAUCAGGACAUAGCGGCGGAGAUGAUGCACCCCAAGUCCACGACACCAAUCACCGCAGCUCUGUCCCGUCUGAAGAAGAUGAGCGUCACCAAUCCGACGUUGAAGAAGCUGCAGCAGACGCUAGAUGAGCACACGAGUCACCAUUCCGCGGCAAAAGGCAGCGAAGCCGACGCAUUGGACCAAUUUCCGGAGGUGGAUCCGAUCUUUGAGGGCGGCGAGAUCGAAGAGAUCACUGGAGACUUUGGAAACCUCCCGAGAACGUGUGAUAUGUGCGAAGUUUCGUGGCCUGGCGAUGCGUCGGAAAGUAUGUAUCGAUGGACGAAGCUGGGGAUUAUCACGCAUCAAGGCUGUGCGCAGUUCACUGCCGACGUGUUGGCGCAGCAUCCGGAGAUCACAACUCGUGAGGAGUUUCUGAGUAUGUCCAAGACUCCAGUGUCGAGUCUGAACAAGCCUGGCACUUUCCACGUAACUGUACACCGUGCAAUGGAGCUACCAGGGACGCAGUUACUUGGCAAACAGACACCAUAUGCAAGACUAUCGCUGCUCCCCUGGAAGGAGCCAAUGCAGACCAAACCCGUUGAAAAUGGUGGCCGCAACCCAGUGUGGAUUAGCACACAUGACAACGCGAUGCAAUUCUCGCACAUGUACAACAGCACUAUCACUCCAAUCCCGCUGCUGGAGAUUGAGGUGUAUAACUACAACUACCUUGCUGACGACCAAAUCGCUUGCACAUUAGUGGACAUGAGUCCGUUGCUCCGAUAUCCCAACAUUGAGGCGAAAAGGUGGUUUACGUUGUCUUCUCGAGCCUUGCUUACUCAAAGCACAGGCCAGCCCAAGAUUAUGCUCGCGAUCAAGUUUGUACCGACAGAAGGGGAGAUCAGCACCACCAACGCGCACAAGUUCCGCGUCCAUCAGCUUAAGUCCAUCGGUUUAGCGAUACCCGUGUGCGCGGUGUGUGAUCGUACCAUCAUGAAUGCGCUGAAAAAUAUCUGGGGUUAUCGAUGCGAGUUGUGCGGGAUCGACGUGCAUAAAGGCUGCAUGAUGAAGGCUACAAUUCAAUGUGAAUGUGUUGCCCAGGAAUUAUUAGGCGCCGAUCAGGAGGAAAAAGAGCGCAGAGGAACUAAAUUCCGCGUGUUGAAUGAUGGCGUAUCGCGCCCAUCGGGGGAACUUUACGUGACUUUCCGCGGUUUGCAUUUGUGCACGAAACACUGUCGAGAUGACUUUCACGCGAAGAAUAUCUUUGAAGGGGAUUCGUACUGCCGGCUUAACUUCGACGGCAUUGUGCAUGAGACCAGCCCAGUACUGAAAAGUGCCGACCCGAUGUACAUGGAACAUUUGUGCUUUAAAGUCCGCCAUCCGAACUCGGCCUUCCGCAUGGAUGUGAUCGAUUUCAACUCGGAUCAAUGCAUCGCACAGCUGCAUGUUUCGCUCUUCCAGCUUCUCCAACGCGAAGCUGACAAAUUCAUUCGAACGAAUUCAACGUUGAAGAAGCUCCGGGACCCACUUCGUCUCUUGAGCCUCAACAAUGAGGCGAACCAAGCUGCUAUCAACGACUCGUGGGCGGCGCUACCAGAACUGGACGACAAAGACCACUACAAAUUGUCACCGCCCCCAGGGUCAAAGCUUCAGCCCGGUGAGAAUCUUGGUUUUGUGCUGAUCGAUUUGGAGUAUGUGGAACACAAAGAAGACUUGCUUCGGGUACGAGUGGAUAACGACUCUUCUCUUCUCGAGCGGGAGGAGAAGGAGUUUUCGGUGGAUUCAUUGCGGAUUACAAUUGAACGGUUUGGCCGGGCAGUGAAGCUUUUCCAAGGGAUUGAUGCGGAAUAUGCCAGUGUCAUUUCGUGGAAGAACAAGAAGAAGUCUACAGUGUUUUUCACUGCGUUUGUGUACAGCUGCUUGUUUGCCGAUUUGGAGUAUGCUCUAUCUUACAUCUUUGGAGGAAUCCUCUUGUACAUGUUGUAUCGCCUGCAUCUUCGGCUUGAAGGCGCUUUUGUCGCUCGUUGGGUUGGAUAUGAAGAAUAUGAACGUGAGCUGGAGGAGGCGCAGAAGCUGUACAGACCACUAGCAGACUUGCACGUUGCUGUCCAUGAAGCGCAUUUGUCUGAAGAGACAGACAGUCUUCUCAUGGAAUCACAGUCCCGUAUGAAGGACGUCUCAUCCUCGAAGCUGGGCUUUUAUGUUCGUAUCAAAUAUCGCCCCAAUGACAAGCAAUCCAAGACAGGAGACAUGGUGUUAAUUCCUUCUGGCUACGAAGAGACUACUGUCGCUUGGACAAAUGCAGUGGGGAAGAGUCGCAAGUCAACGUGGCGGAAGAGUUCGCUUCCCUCAGCUGGAUCCAUACCACCUGUGACGCUGAGGAAAACGCUUCCGUUCCGAAAUUUCAACGUGUCUUGGCGUCAUGAUCCUAGGACGUGUACGUGUGAUCAAUGUGCUGCUUACCAGCGAAGUCUGAAGGAAGAGGAACAAGAGACUAUUGCCUGUGGUGUCGAUCAUCAUGCCUUCUACUUCCCAAUCCCACAAGCAUCUCGAAAGAACUUUUCCGGUCGUGAUGAUCUGGUGCCGUGGUCGUCGUUUCCUGGCCUUUUGCAGUUCGAUUUGUGUGUUUCACUGAGUGGUGAAGCGAAGGAGACGCCAGACUUGAUAGCUGCGAGUACUACGAUCCCGCUUCGGAGUCUGCUUAAGCGGGGUGACAACUCGAGAGAGAUCCUCCUCCCGUUGACUUCAUUUUCGGAUGCAGACGAUUCGGUGGAGCGCAUUUCUCAAAGCUCAGAGAAGUCCGAGAACGAUUAUCUGAUUGUACGCGCUGAGUUUCGAGUCCCUGAAGGGAGCUUGAUGUCCUCGAGUGAUAAACUUCUACUUACCGAAAUGUGCGAGCGAAAGGAAAUGGUACCUGUGCAGCCGGCGAUAGCACGGAAGAAACGCCCUGUCAGCCACAUCGACCGCAACUUCUCCGAGUUUGUGUGCGAGAGUAUGGUUGAGAAAGAAAAGUCCAAGAUCAUCGGUGCAAACCUGUUUGACGCCUUCUGGAAAGUCAAAGACACUAUCAGACAGCUACAGAACGAGAUUGGCCGUGCGUGUGGGGCUCUAGCUUGUGCCGAGAACCUCUUGAACUGGACGCAUCCAUGGAAAACUGCAACUGCUUUCGUCGUGGUAGCUCUGCUGGCGCUCGUGUUUUCGGUUAUCCGUGGGCGUUGGGCGAUUCUUCUCUUUGGGCUUACGGAAUUUGGCGCGGUUUUUGUCGACGAUGCUCCAACUAGCAAGCGUGUGAGAAAAGUUCUCUGGAAUUACUUGUCAUCGCUCCCUACAGAUCAGGACCUCAUUGAUCUGUACGAGCCUGAGCGCACUGUGUACAUGAAGAAGCGCAAAACGCAGCUAGAAGAGGAUGAAGAAACAGCUAUUCGGCUUCGCUAUCAUGCGCUGUGGAUUGGUAAUAUUUCAUCGAAGCUCGAAGGAGAUCGCUACGCUAAGAAUUACUUCAUGGUGUAUCGUCCGUAUCGCUUCUUGUUGUGGAAAAGCGAGGAUGACGCUGAAGAGGGUUCCCAGCCACAACUACAGCUCGUGGUAGGUGCUUUAAUUGGAGGGUUAUCUUCGAGUACUUACCUGUGGUGUACUUCUGUGAUGUGAUGAUAGUUUGAUAAGCCACACGCUGUCACCGAUAAUAGUGACGACAAGGUGUUCACUUUCAGCGUGUCGGGAGUAAAUGGUGCUGGAGGCGAAGAAACUCGUGUGUUCACGUUGGAUUCUCUGCAAAAGAAAAACGAUCUCUUGGAUACUAUUCACCAGAGCUGCAGACUGUAGCUUCUAUCAGCCGCUACAGGGGUCGUUCACUUAGCCGAUUCUUUUAAUCACUGACUGGAAUGGUAAGGCCUUCCAGUUUGCCUACGAUCUCUUCGUCUAUCGACCGUGUGUUGGUUCCUAUUUCCUUUCGGAUAAUCUCUAGCUUCCUGCCUAUUUGUGCGAGAACUGUCUGCACGAUUUGUCGCCUCCCAGUCCUGUAGGUGAUAGCCGC